AUGGCCCCUAGCGUCGAUUCACCCACCGGUUUCUACAAACCUGAAGAAGAUGUCUUUUGCAACGAUGGCCGCGAAGACCAACUCCUCUCUUUCAUCUCCAAUCACCCCCAACUCCCUCAAAUUCGCAACUCCCCGGAAGCCGUCCUUGCCGCUAUCGACGAAUUCGGCCGCACCAAGGAUUUCCUUAUGAACAUCGGUCCUCACAAAGGCAAAGUCAUUAGCGACAUCAUCGCCACCGACCGACCAUCCACCAUCCUCGAAAUUGGAGGCUACAUCGGCUACUCGGCCAUUAUGUUCGGCCACGCUCUCCGCAAAGCAGCCGCAGCAACAGGCCGCCAGCCUCAGAUCCCAAGGUUCGUCAGUCUGGAAAUGAAUCCCAAGUUCACCGCCAUUUCGAGAGCACUGGUCUCUAUCGCUGGGUUAGACGACGUCGUCGAUAUCUGGGAAGGACCAUGCCGCGCGUCUCUCCAGCGUCUCGCGAAGGGAAAGACUAGUGAUUUCGCUACGGAGCCCUGGGACAUGUUGUUUCUAGACCACUCCAAGAUCUCGUAUCUGAAUGAUUUGAAGCUUUGCGAGGAGCUGGGCCUCGUGAAGCCUGGAUCUAUGGUCAUCGCGGACGAUAUGAAGAGGCCCGGGAACCCACAGUAUUCGGAGUAUGUGCGGGCUUCGCCGGUGAAGAAAACUGAGGCGUAUUUGCCGUUUAAGGGGUGUCUUUCGGAUGGGGGUAUUUCGUUGGGGAAUCCGUUUUUGGUGUAUAAAACGGCGUUGGUGGAGGGGUUAGAGCCAACAGGGCUUAUGGAUGCGGUUGAGGUGUCGAAGUGCGUGGAUCUGGUGGACGUGAAUUAA